AUGUCAGCAUCAUUCAAAUUAGCAACUGAUUUACCAGCAUGGAAAGAAUUAGAAUCAUUAUAUAAAUCAGAAGGUGAAAAAUUCAAUGUUAAAGAAGCAUUUGCUAAAAAUCCAAAAAGAUUUCAAGAAUUUUCAAGAAUUUUUACUAAUUUUGAUGAUUCUAAAAUUUUAUUUGAUUAUUCAAAAAAUUUAAUUAAUGAAGAAAUUUUCAAGACUUUGAUUAAAUUAGCUAAAGAAUCUAAUUUGGAAAAAUUAAGAGAUGAUAUGUUUGCAGGUAAACAUAUCAAUACUACUGAAGACAGAGCAGUUUAUCAUGUUGCUUUAAGAAAUAUCCAUAAAAGAAAAAUGGAAGUUGAUGGUAAAGAUACCACAAAUGAAGUUUCAUCAGUUUUAGAACAUAUGAAAGAAUUUUCAAACCAAGUUAGAUCAGGUGAAUGGAAAGGUUAUACUGGUAAAGCUAUUACUGAUGUUGUUAAUAUUGGUAUUGGUGGGUCUGACUUAGGUCCAGUUAUGGUUACUGAAGCUUUAAAAGCUUAUUCCAAACCAGGUUUAAACGUUCAUUUUGUUUCUAAUGUUGAUGGUACAAAUAUUGUUGAAGAAUUGAAAGGUUUAAAACCAGAAACUACAUUAUUUUUAAUUGCCUCAAAAACUUUUACAACCGCAGAAACCAUUGCAAAUGCCAAUUCUGCUAAAAAUUGGUUUUUAGAAGUUGCAAAAGAUACUAAAUAUAUUGCUAAACAUUUUGCAGCUUUAUCUACAAAUGAAAAAGAAGUAGAAAAAUUUGGAAUUGACCCAAAAAAUAUGUUUGAAUUCGAAUCAUGGGUUGGUGGACGUUACUCAGUUUGGUCAGCUAUUGGAUUAUCUGUAGCCAUUUAUAUUGGUUAUGAUAAUUUUGAAAAAUUCUUAGAAGGUGGUGAAACUGUUGAUCAACAUUUUUUGAAUGAACCGUUAGAAAAUAAUAUUCCAGUAAUUGGUGGUUUAAUUAAUGUUUGGUAUAAUAACUUCUUUGGAGCUCAAACUCAUUUAAUUGCACCAUUUGAUCAAUAUUUACAUAGAUUCCCAGCUUAUUUACAACAAUUAUUUAUGGAAUCAAAUGGUAAAUCUGUAACUAGAGCUAAUGUUUUCACAAAUUAUCAAACUGGUGCUAUAAUAUUUGGAGAACCAGCAACAAAUGCUCAACAUUCUUUCUUUCAAUUAUUACAUCAAGGUACAAAAUUAAUUCCAGCAGAUUUUAUAUUAGCUGCUCAAUCUCAAAAUCCAAUUGAAAAUAAUAAACAUCAAAAAAUGUUAGCUUCAAACUUUUUUGCACAAUCAGAAGCUCUUAUGGUUGGUAAAGAUGAAGAACAAGUUAAAUCUGAAGGUGCUACUGGUGGUUUAGUGCCACAUAAAGAAUUCAGUGGUAAUAGACCAACUACUUCAAUAUUAGCUCAAAAAAUUACUCCUUCUACUUUAGGUGCUUUGAUUGCUUAUUAUGAGCAUGUUACUUUUACUGAAGGUGCUAUUUGGAAUAUCAAUUCAUUCGAUCAAUGGGGUGUUGAAUUAGGUAAAGUUUUAGCUAAAGUUAUCGGUAAACAAUUAGAUGAUAAGACUGAUGUUGAAGAUCAUGAUCCAUCCACUAAUGGUUUGAUUAAUACCUUUAAAAAAUGGGAAUAA